UCUGAUCACUGAUCGCAGCUGUCAACUCUCAGCAGGCCCUUUUAAAUUGUCCAACACUGUUGCCUGUAACGACACAACAGCAACAACAACAGCGUGACAAGCAGAGCGCGCAGAAAUAACAUACAUAGCAGCAGACAAAUUGCAAGUUGCACGUUUUUUCCCAUCGGUCAAACAUGAUAAGCCCGGCCAGAACAUAACCCAGCUCUCUCGCGCAGUAGACAUUCGUCAAACCGAUCGAUUGUGUCCUGGCCACAAGUACUAAAUUCCCCAAGUUUCGAGACGACAAAUGUGCCAAGUAGUAAUAGCGUAGGAGACAUUAACUAAGUCGCCGCACUUUGAGUGGGCUGUUAUGCAAGCGGGCGGCCGACAGCCAAAUUGAAUUAGCCGGCAUGCUGCUCAAUCGAUUUGUGCUGGCCAUCAAGAACCAGUCUCGGGAGACGCUGCGCGCCUGGAGUUACCAAUGCGAGUCGAUCUUCGCCCAGCGUUCGCGGCGUAUUCAGCAGCUCCUGUGUUUCUACCAGUCGGUUUAUGGAACCCAGGGAUUGAAGCAGCUGUGGCGCGCCUACUACCGUCGGGAGCUGCAGCCCCCGCUCAGGGGAAUGGUGAUGAGUGCGGUGGGUCUGGUGGGACUUAACAUCAAGCGGCUGGGAACCGAUGGCUUCGACUGGAGCAAGGAGCGGCUGGCUAUCUCGAACUUCGACCUGUGCAGUCGGGACAUCGAAUUCAUCAAUGCCCUGCCUCACAAUCAGCUCUGCGAGCGCUGUCAGGCCAAGAAGAUGAAGUACUGCUACUGUCAGCUGGGCAACCAGCGCUGCAGGAAGGGCCAAAGUAAGCCAUCGACCAGCAAGGAGGCGGACGCGGAGUCCUCCAUUGCCAACUGCCAGCGGCCAUUAGAUCUGGACGUCCGCAAUACCCCCGCUGGCACUGUUCGCAUUCAGGCCCAAGACGAGCGCAAAUGGGAGCCGUACUUCAGCAAGAACGAGUUUAGCAUAUGGCGGCGCGAGGAACGCUCCUCCUUGUACUCAUACAAGGUAUAUGCCCGUUUCGACGACAUCACAGCCGACGAUUUCCUCCACGUCCAAACCGAUCUGGACUACCGCCGCCAGUGGGACGACACAGCCCUAAGACUGGAGCUCAUCAGUGAGGAUCCCGUGCCGAAUAGCAACUCGCAUCUAAUAUACUGGGAGAUGCAGUGGCCACGGCUGUUUGCCAACCGCGACUAUGUCUACUGCCGUCGCUACAUCAAGGACGAAAACAAGAAGCUGAUUUUCAUCUGCAAUCGUGGAGCCAAGCACAACACCUAUCCGAAGUUGCCUGGAAAAGUGCGUGUCACAGACUACUGGAGCCUGAUGGUUAUCAAGCCCUUCCGUGGCUUCCAUGAGCCGGGACUACACUUUGUGCUCACUUACUAUGACGACCCGGGCAUACCCAUACCCCAAAAUAUCAAGUCUUGGGUGACGCAAAAACAGAUGCCCGAGUUCCUCACAAAGAUGUACGUGGCCACCAAGAACUAUGCCUGUUCGCGGGCCAUUAAAAUGAAGGACAUGUUCCAUGGUUUCUCGCUUAUUAACGACGAAUACACGGCCAACGAGCAGCGCGGCAGUUGGCUAGGCAGUUUAAGCCGGCGAAAGGCGAACAGUAAGCCCGAUGCAGAGCGCUAGGUCCCGAACAUUAAUAUCCUUGGUCCUUCGCGCUCAUAUCCGACUUCCCUAUCCCGCAGAGCCAGAAAUCAAACCACCCAUAUACCCAGUUUCAUCUUUCAUUCAUCCCUUCCUUCAACUUUGAAAUGAAUUCAGGCGAGAUGAAUCGAAACCACAGAACACCCCAGAGCAAGUGUGCAAUAACUUUUGGCAUUUUCAGCUCUUAGAAAGUGUGCCACAUUGGUGAGAAACUUUAAAUAUAAAUAUAUAUCUAUAUUAGCUAAACCAAAAUAUUUUAAGAUUAGAAAUUGAAAUUACUUGUACAAUAAAAGAAAUGCAAAUAGACACCUACUCUGGCUUUACGACUGUUAUGAUGGAA